UUUGUUGAACACAAGCUAAGGAGAAACGAAGAUUAAGCUUUUGCUUCUGUGUGCGCUGGUUGUCACUUUUACGCAACCAUAAUUGCAUUUCUGACGGCGUGAUGAUCGAAGCCCUGGACCUCAGCGAAUAGACGGUGGAUGACUCUCUUUGGCUGAUGAUACCCCCCCCCCCCAGUUUUACGUCCGUUCCUGGCAAGUGCCUGCCAACGAUUGGUCGCCGAUUGGAGCGACAGAGACAUCUACCAGGCUGGAUCGAAGCCUUCAUCGACUUUUUGGAAGCGUUUCCUGGGGAGGACUACUAUGCUCGUUACGUAGGCGUGUGCAGGGGCCUCCAGCGUCCCAUCGAUCGAACCAUGGAUGAUAUGCUCAGCAGAAGGGGACCCAUGGCGGAUUUCCUCGGUACUUUGGGUGAUUUGGAUAUCGAGUUGACUUGCCAUACCUUUGAGUUCACUAACGCCCGGCUGGAUCCCGAAACGUUGAUGGCCGAGCGAGAUUUGCAGGAACAGGUACUGAUCGCCUUUUUCGGUGAGGACCGCCUUUUUCGGUGUGGACCGCGUUUUAAACCGCCAACCAGGAGGUUUACUCUUCUUGCGCCCCCAGCGAAUCUGGCGUACAACUGUUUCAGGUCAUUGAAGCUUGUCCUCCAUUCUAUCAAAGGGCACACCAUUCUGGUUUCACGCCGAUGUAGCAUUUCCCUUGUCACCAACUUUGCUGGGACCAGCUGGAUAGAGUCUGUUGGAUUUGACGACGUACCAGUUGGUUACAGUACAGUGGUCAUUCUGCAUAUUGACCCAGGAAACGAUAAAUACCGUUCAAUCAUGCCUGGGAUGAGAGAUAUCAUCAAUCUCACGUAGCAGAUCACCGUUGUCAUCGCGAAAUACAUUGCCGUGGAUACACCCAUGUCCAUGCGGGAUGCUGUUUGCCAGCAGAUCUUUGACCUAUGUCAUCCCACGUCGG